AUGGCCAGAGUCGAUCCAUCGCUGCACACAUGGACGAGAACCGUCCGAGUGGCUGAAGACACGUUCCUCCUCCUGGAGAUGCAUCAGGGGAAUCUCAAAGCCUUCCUGAACGGGGAAGCAGAGGUGGACUUGCCUCGAGAGCAGGAGGAGCAGUUGCUGAGUGCCUUUCCCGCAGAAGCCCUGACGGUGGAAGCCCGCACGCCUCAAAUACAAAGCCAGCGCUGGGCAGCGAAGAUCCUUCGGCAUGCGGUGGGACAGCGAGUGGAUCCAGACUGCGCUGUGAACACAGAGAAUCACUUAGAGAAGGAAAUUCUGGCGGUCUUCCGCAGGCUGCGCAAUCCUCCCGUCGGUUCCGUGCUGACCUUCGGGGGCCUGUACGGUGGUGUCCGCGGUGAAGGAGUCGAUGUGCCCGACGAUCCUGCCGUGGAGCUUAUGUUGGAGCUGCAGCAGAGAGGAAUCGUGCGGUUGAAGGGGCUCUGCAUGUUUUGCGACGAGGAGCAGGUAAGUUCACUGACUCGCGCGCAGGGGUUGCAGAGCGCACUGCGCACACUGAACAUGCCUGACCCGCUUCGUUGGGCAGAACUUCAGCUUCCAGCAGAGUUUGCAGGUGAGCUGGACCUGCUUCGCUUGGAUGGGCUGGAGCAUGGAGUCUCCUGUGAGGUCUUGCGCAAUGUCUUGCGCGCCGGAGUGCGUCCCCGGCUGGUGGCCCUGUUGGUGCUCAGUCAGGUGCCCCCACCUUUCCAGUACUUUCCGCUCGGCGUUUCGGGAUACAACUCCCCUCCGGCUCUGAUGUCAUGCUCUCUGUCUGGAGCGAUAGAGGUUCUGGCCAAGCAUGACCUCUUUCUUAUUCGACUUACCGGGCCAUAUGCGCUUUUCGUGCGGCAGAGCGAGUGGCCCGAGGUGCUGCCCAUCAACGAGUUCGACUGCUAUCGCCGGGCGUCUGUUUGGGGCUUGAAGGAUAUUCCUCUGUCGUUCGUUCGCGAGUGGCUCCGUGAAGAAGUGGACCAGGUUCUGCCACGGUUAUGGAGAAAUCUUACUCACUUGCACUCUGACGGCGGCCCGUUUACCUUGGCUGUAUGA